CUGGAGGAGCAGCAGACAAGCAGACACAUAAAGGAGAUGACUGCAUGUGUUCUAUAUGACAUCAUCAAAGGCUCAUCAGUCAGUAGUAGUAUCCACAGCUCACUGUUAACACACGUGUGACACAGCUCUCGUGAGAAUCAUCGCGUUUUUGACUUUCUCUCUCAAACACAAGAAUAUUUAACACAAAGACCCAGAAAUGCCUGGAAAUAACGUCUCUAGUCAAACAAAACUGUCUUGGUAUGAGAUGUGCCUUGAAGAUCCAGAAGUGGAUUACAAUCUGAAAAUCAAUUUUGAUUCUGACGGAGACGACCAAGAAAGCUCCGAACAUGAUUUGAAACCACUAGAAAAAACUCCUGGAUCUGGAAAAGUCCAGCAGGAAUCAGCUGCUUGUGAAAAACAUGAACACAUGGAACAACUUUUAAGGCAGGUGAGUGAACUCGAAAACCAUCUGAGAUGUGCAAACGAGUCUCUGAGAACCGAAAAGAAACACAGAAUUAAGGCUGAGUCUGACUGUGCUUUUUACAAGAGAGAAAUUAAUGAACUGGAACAAGGACUGGAUUAUUACCAGAACAAAUCAGAGACCCAUGAAGAAAACGUGAGAACUUUAAAUAUUCAACUUAAGGAAAAAGAUGAUUUAUGCGAAGUUCUCCAAAAGCGUUUAAAACAGGAGUAUCAGAUCAGACUCCACCAAAGACUGAAGAUUUUUGAGAAAGACGCAAGUAACGAGAACUUAAAGAAAGAAAUCAGUAAACUGAAAGAGGGACUGGGUUUCCAUCAAAGUGAGGCAGAAACCCAGUACAAAAGAAUUAUGGCUUUAGAAAUUCAGCUGCAGAUAAAGGAAGGUGUCUGUGCAGAUCUCCAAAAGCGUUUAGAGGACGAGCCCGAGCUCAGGCGCCAGCUAGAAGACGAACAGAACUGUGUCUACAAAGAUUUAAACAAUCAGAACUUCAAGAAGCAAAUUGGAGAAUUAGAGAAAGAAAACACAGAUCUUAAAGCCAAGAUGGAGAAUUUUUACUCCAUGAAGAAGACAUUGGAUGAGGUGUCUGCACAGCUGGAGGAGAAAUCUUCUCUCUGUGUAAAACUGGAAGAACGUUUUAACAAAGAAAAGCAGCUGAGAGUCGAGUUAGAGAAAAAACUGCAGAAAAAAGACACCAGUAAGGAGAAAUUACUGAUAGAAAUUAAUGAAUUAGAGCAGGGACUGGAUUAUUAUCAGGAUAUUGCAGAAACCAGACUAAACAGACUGCAGACUUUACAGAAUGAGCUGCAGAAAAAGGAAAGUGUCUGUGAAGAUCUGCAGGAACGUUUAAACCAGCAGAGCCUGCAGUUAGAGCAAGAAUUACAGAACAGUCACAACAAAGACUCAGUUCAUCAGAGUUUAGAAAAAGAAAUUGGAGAUCUGCAGAAGAAGAAUGGAGACCUCAUGAGCAAGUUGCAGACUAUGGAGGACACAGAGACCAGACUCUAUAGGGCAAUCACAAACCUUCAGCUGGAGAAACUCAGAAUUAAUGAGCAGCAUGAAGAAGAGUUUGAAGCCCUGAGACUGCAGCUCCAAGACCGUCUCUGCUCUGAGCUCCAGGCUGCUUCUGAAGGGAGUUCACCAGAACCACACACACCUGUGGAGAGUCUGGAGACAGAUCCUACUCAGGAUUGUAAGACGGACACAGACGUUUGUCCUCCGACUGAAAUCUGUCAUGAGUCAGAACUGGUUGGAUCUGUAAGUCUCCAUGAUGACGACUCUCCACCUAAAGAGGACCGUCCACAGACAGUCAGACACCAGAAGAGUGUUUCUAUGUGGAGACGCUUUAAAAAGUUUAUGACUCCGGCGUGUCGACGGAAACACAAAACCACGUCAUAAACAGAUCAUGUGACUGGUUGAACCCCCCCCCCAGAACACACACAGCCAGAGGGGAAAAAAACGGGGCUGCAUGUUGGAGACGAUGUAGAAAGUUUAGCUUCACAGCGAGGUCACCGGUUCAAAUCCUUUCCAUGUGAAGUUAGCAUUUUCUCCCUCAUGUAUGCGUGGGUUUUCUCCGGGUGCUCCGGUUCCCCCCACACGUCUCUGGCUGUGAGUGAGUGAGUGAAUGCAUGAGUGAGUGAGUUAGGGCUGGGCGAUAUCACCCAACGUCAAUAUAACGGUAUAAAGAGGAUUUCACCUAGAUAACGAUACAUGGACGAUAGCUACAGGCAUGCGCAGAAACAAAAGUUUUCACAUGUAUUACGCUGAGUCAAUGGCCGUGUUCGAGUUGAGCAGCGCCUCGCCUGGAAAAGAGACGAGAGCAGACGGACGCAGCAAGGGGAGUGGCUGAAAGCCGGUGUUUAAGUGGGACAGAUUUCCCUACAUGUGUAGCUCGCGGGUGACGAUGGGUGAAGAUAUCGCGUUAGAAUUCAUACUUGUUUAACUUUUUAUUUUAUUUCUGGUGCCUGUUAGAAACUGAAACACAUCCUCAGAUGCGUGUGGAUGUCAUAUGUUGUAGACAUGUGCACAUGAAGACAUAACUGUUGUCAAAAGUAAAGCUUAUCAGCUGUAGUUUUAGUGUGCUCAUAGGAAACGUGACAAAAGAAGACAAAACACAUGUGACCAACUAACAUUUCGCAUUCUACCACCGGAUGUUUGGAUCAAGAUGGGAACCAAUCAGAUCUUAGAUCAGGUGAGCCAGGCGUUUCCCAUCAUCAACCGGUGGAGAGCAACUGCAGAAUUUUGCUCCAAAAUCUGCGGCCGCCUUGAUCUCACGAUGCCUACGUAGGCAUGCCGUAAGAGCAAGUCGGACACAAAUCUGACCGGCAUGCACUGCCCGCCGAUCACCGGUGAUCUAAUCUGCACCGAACUGGCUCAUCUCGAACACGGCCAUUUUUACGUGACUCAAAGCUUCUUAAAGGGACAUGAACGAUGCCAACCAUCACACAUAUUUUCUUUUUUUUAUGAUAAAAUUUAUUGACGUGGCAAAAUGAUCUCGAUAAGAGUCAGACAUUUUGAUUACAAUGCAUUUUUUAUUUAUUGCCCAGCCCUAGAGUGAGUGAGUGAGUGAGUGAGUGAGUGAGUGAGUGAGUGAGUGAGUGAGUGAGUGAGUGCAUCCCAUCCGCUGAAUCACCACCUUAACGCGGUGGCUGGGUUUGUGCAUCUCUAUGAAGGCUGAAGGCUGUUGUGUCGGGGUCUCGGCUCCAGGUGAGUCUACCCUGGCAGAGCUUUCUCAGCUGAGAGGUCAGACUAAGAGUGAUUCAAAGACUUAUUUUAUAGAAAACCAUGAAAAGAUGCUUUUGUCACACUUCACACCCACUUAGGUGUUGGCAUGCACAGUUUUCCUGAGGCUUUUUAGUGAUUGUGCUGCA